UAGAUGGCGGUGUGACACAGCAGGUCCCGCCCCUCGUUCUCGUUGCGUCUCAGCGCCUUCCGGGUCAGGCCGGUUCCGCCCCGUUCACUCACAGCCGCCCCGGUUCGGUCCGUGCUGCCAUGAACGGGCUCUUGGUGCGCGCCCUGCGCGCUGCGCUGCCCGGACCCGCCGCCGUCCGCCGCCUGAGAACCGCAACGCCACGAGCGGCCUAUGCCAAGGAGCUGUUCCUCGGGGAGCUGCGCAAGGAAGAAGUUUUCCCUUACCCAGAAAUCAGCAAUGAAGAACUGCAGGAGAUCAACCAGUUUGUGGGACCUGUAGAAAAAUUCUUUGCUGAAGAAGUGGACUCCAGGAAGAUUGAUCUUGAUGCAAAAAUCCCACCUGAAACUUUGAAAGGACUGAGGGAUCUGGGUCUCUUUGGCAUGAUGAUUCCAGAGGAAUAUGGUGGUCUCGGACUGUCACACAUCAUGUACGCACGGCUGGGAGAAAUCAUCUCCUUGGAUGGAUCGAUCGCGGUUACUCUGGCAGCUCACCAGGCUAUUGGGCUGAAGGGAAUCCUGAUUGCUGGCACUGAGCAGCAGAAGGCCAAGUACCUGCCUAAGCUGGCGUCUGGGGAGCACAUUGCAGCCUUCUGUCUCACUGAACCUGGAAGUGGAAGUGAUGCUGCAUCCAUCCAAUCAAGAGCAACCCUCAGUGAAGAUGGGAAGCACUUCGUACUGAAUGGCUCCAAGGUUUGGAUAUCGAACGGUGGCCUUGCCGAUAUUUUCACAGUGUUUGCCAGGACAAAGAUUGAGGAGAAGGAUGGACAAAUAAAAGACAAAAUUACUGCGUUCAUCGUAGAGCGAGAUUUUGGUGGAGUCACACAUGGGAAACCUGAGGAUAAGUUGGGCAUUCGAGGCUCCAAUACCUGUGAAGUGCAUUUUGAAAACACUAAAGUGCCUGUAGAGAACGUGAUUGGAGAAAUAGGAGGAGGAUUUAAGGUUGCCAUGAAUAUCCUGAACAGUGGAAGGUUCAGCAUGGGUAGUGCAUCUGCUGGAGUGAUUAAAAAGUUGAUAGAAAUGACAGCGGAGCACGCCUGCACCAGGAAGCAAUUCAACAAGAAUCUGAGCGAAUUCGGAUUAAUUCAGGAGAAGUUUUGCUUAAUGGCCGUGAAGGCGUAUGUAAUGGAGAGCAUGGCUUAUCUCACAGCAGGAAUGAUGGACAGGCCGGGCAUCCCAGACUGCUCUGUGGAGGCAGCCAUGGUCAAGGUGUUCAGUUCUGAAGGUUUGUGGACUUGUGUAAGCGAAGCUCUGCAAAUUCUUGGAGGCCUCGGCUACAUGAAGGAAUACCCCUAUGAGCGCUAUCUCAGAGACUCCAGGAUACUGCUCAUUUUUGAGGGAACAAACGAGAUCCUGCGGAUGUACAUUGCUCUGACGGGUAUGCAGCACGCAGGCAAAAUCUUAACUGACAAACUUAAAGAAAUCAAGAAAGGAAACGUAGGACUGGCACUGCAGGAGCUGGUCAACAAAGUACGGGACACAACGGGCAGAAAAGUGGAUUACGGGAUAAUGGAAGCACGUGGUGGAUUGGUGCAUCCCAGCCUCCAGGACAGUGCCAAGAAACUUGAAGAAAAUAUUCAUUAUUUUGGCUCUACAGUGAGAGGGCUGCUCACCAGGUUUGGCAAGACAAUAGUGGAUGAGCAGCUGGCUCUGAAGAGAGUGUCAGACAUAGUUAUUAAUUUGUAUGCGAUGACAGCAGCUAUUUCCAGAGCAAGUCGCUCCAUCAGCAUUGGCCUGAGAAACCACGACCAUGAUGUGCUUCUUACAAAUAUCUUCUGCAGCGAAGCGUAUUUCAAGAAUAAUUACGCUAUGGCUCAACUGCAGAAACAUGCAGAUGAAAAUCUGGAUGACUUCAUUAAAAAGGCUGCAAAGCAGGUUCUGGAGAAGAGAUCCUAUAUCUCUUCACACCCACUGGACAGGACAUUCUAAUUACUUCAUUGACGGCUAACCUUGAUGAAUGUAACAUGAACAGCAACUAUUUUUCUGCAGUUCGGUGUUUGACACCUUAAAAAAUAACUUUCAUGAGUUUACAAGUUGUAAUUAGCUGUAUCUGUGUAAAAUAGGACUAAAACCAACUUCAUAUAAAGAGGAUAAAGAAAGAAAUUGAUAUCCUCUUCAAGUUAUAUUUUUAGAUAUACGUCCAUUACCUUUGAUGCCAAAUAAAAAUCAAUUGAGAUUCA